AUGGAAGAAGAGGAAAUAUGCAGAGUGUGUCGAGGUGAAGGCACAGUGGAAGAACCCUUAUACUACCCGUGCAAAUGCUCGGGCAGCAUUCGCUUUGUUCACCAGGAAUGUUUAAUGGAUUGGCUAUCACACAGCAAGAAAAAAUAUUGCGAGCUAUGCAACUACUACUACAAGUUCACACCCAUUUACAAGAACGACAUGCCAGCAUCUAUACCCAAGAGAAUCUUUAUAGGCCAUUUUAAGAGCAUGCUGUGUGUGGUGACCAAAUGGACGCUGCGCGCAUCUCUGGUUGCCUUUAUCUGGCUGGGUGUAGUGCCAUAUUUCGCAGUGUGGAUCUGGAGGUUCUACUUUUGGAAUACUGAUGCUACCAGCUAUUUGUUUAGCAAGUUGUUUUCUCCAUCAAUACUGCAAAAUACCACCUUGUCGACCAGCAGCCACCAGAGUCGAGAGCAGGAGAAUGUAUGGAAAAACGUCAUGUUGGAUUGCUUGCAGGGAUGGCUGAUUUCGACUGUGGUUACCACUGUAUUCAUCGCUGGAUUUCUCUUGAGAGAAUGGGUGCUUCAAAACGUGCCUACAGAACUACAUGAAAUGGACGAGGAGGAAGAACAAGCAGAAGAAGAGGCAGUGGUGGAACCGAUAGAUAGACCAGAAUUACCAGAAGCAGCAGUUGUUCCAGAAGAAGUGCUACUACAACAACAGGAACAUGUGCCGAGAGUACGCAGAGGCAGAAUCAACAAUGCGAGGCGGCCACCCUUGGUUCAAGAGCCUUCCGACUAUGAGAAUUUGGAAGCCAUGUGGUUGAUGGAUGAAGCUCAAGCAUCACCGCCAUUACACAGGCGAGGAAACAGAGCAGGAAGAGAUCCAUUUGAUUUAGACCAAGAUUCGGAACAAGACGACGACGGUGGUGAAGACGAUGAUGGCUAUUUUGAUGAAUCAGAGGAAGAUGAGCCAGUGCAUCCUGAAAGAGUGCGUGAAAUAUUGGAUACCAUCCAAAGACAUCAGCAACAACAACAGCAACAAGAGCAACAGCAACAACAACAGCAACAAGAGCAAGCCAAUAUACCCAACGAUCAAGUAGUAAUGGAUGCAGUGGACGUUCAUGUGGCUCCUGUAGAUGGCAAUGUACAUCAAAAUCAAGCAAAUGGAGUAGCUGGAGGACCUGAAGAUAUAGACGGUCUUUUGGAGAUCAUUGGCAUGAAGGGAAGCAUUUACAUGCUGUUUCAAAACUCUGGGCUCAUGACACUGUUGAUGAGUCUCUGUCUGGGUGCCGGUGUAUGGGUUCCUUACACCAUGGGGGUAGUUUUUAUCACAAUACGUCCCUGGGAAGGUGUGCUCUUACUGACUGAUCUCGUGCGUAGCCUGUCAGAUCCCAUUUUGGAUGGCAUGUAUGAUCUCUGGCUGGACUUUUACACUCAGUUGGGCCCUGUAGCGCAAUGGAUACCAUCAUGGACACCUACUGUGAUCAAGUCUAUUAUGCUCACUGCUAUACAAAUUGGACAAACACUGAUCACCUUCUUUUCAACCGGCAUGUCGCAUACAAAUGUUCCUAUUGCGUCCAACGACAACAUGUUACUAAUGGAUCCAGCAACCGUGCAGUCGUACAGUGUGUCAUUAUGGUAUGAUAUCAUCUCUUUCUGGAACUACAUCAAGCCCUUGUAUCAAUCCUCGUUUGCCUACUUUGUCCAGAUGCCCACAGGUGAUACAGCCAUGGAUCGAGCAGGCUGUAUCGCUACUGGCUACAUUGUCCUUGUUGUCAUUGGCUCCAUGUACCUGUCCAAAACUCGUAGCAUGUAUGCCCGCAUUGGCCGUACAGCAAGCCGUCAAAUCAUUCGUCAGCUUGGUAUCCUGCUCAAGGUAGCCUUUUUUGUUUUUAUGGAGCUUACGGUGUUUCCUCUGGGAUGCGGUCUCUUGCUGGAUUGUGUAGCACUUUCGUUAUUCUACAAGAUUGGCGGAGGAGGAGGAGCUGCUGGCCAUCUGUUGGCUAUCCACAAACGUAUGACAUUUCUCAAGGAAAACGUAGCAAGCUCCAUCUUUAUGCACUGGGUGAUAGGCACAGGGUUCAUGUUCCUGUUCACUACCAUGGUUACAUUUUGCCGUGACAUUGUAAGACCUGGCGUUAUUUGGUUCAUUCGAGACCCCAAUGACCCUCAGUUCAGCCCUAUCAAAGAGUUGGUGAAACGGCCAGUGUUUGCACAGUUACAAAAGAUAUGCCUAAGUGCUCUCAUCUAUGGCUUUGUCAUCGAAUUCGGUGUAGGUGGCCUGGUCGCUGCGAUCGGUGCCAUAUUUGACGGUAUCUUACCACUGAAAUGGAGUUAUACACAACCUCUGACUACCAUUCCAAUUGACUUGCUUGUCGUCAUGCUGGUGGUGCCUGCCAUGGUUGACUAUUUCGACCCAAAACAAGCACUGGAGAAAACAAUGACUCGAUUGACUACAUGGCUGUGCCACCAGCUCCGUCUGACAUCUUUUCUAUUGGGUGGAAGGCCAAUUAACGAGGAGGGUUACAUUUAUUACAAAACCUGGAGGGCCUGGAUUCAACGCCCCGAGUUGAAGAUUGCUACGCUCUACCAUCAAGAUGCUGCUGAUGACAGUAACAACGACAACAACGAUGAUGCUGAUUUGACCACAUUCAUCAGAAAUGGAAUACUUGUCCGUGCGCCGAAACAUGAUGGUGCCCGAUACGUCCCUGGACGUCGCAUGCUGGUUCCCGUUGACCCGAUCACAUUAGAAGCGCUAGAUCCAACUGAAAGAAGUUUAGGCCAUCCUGCAGUCGCUGCAGUAGGAACAGAUUCCGAUCAACAACAACAACCCCAAGAUGAAGAAGAGCAUACAACCAUUGUGUAUUUACCACCUCAAUUCAAGUUACGCAUGGCCAUCUUCAUGUCUGUCAUGUGGAUCUCAUGGAGCGCACUUUUGUGCUAUGUGUUUGUGGGCCCAAUUGCUGUUGGUAGAUGGCUGUUUGAAUAUGUGGGUAUUGUCGCUGAACCUGGAAAGAAGAUUCAUGAUAUUUACGCUUACUUUAUCGGUGGAUCUGCUAUGAUCUUGGUCGGAGUCUUGGUCAAAAGGGUCAAAUCGAGCGUUUCAAAUUUCUCGACAUUUGACAUGAGCCAUGUCCUCAAAAUGAUCAGUUGGGUAUUUAAUUUUACAGUAAUUAGUAUUUCAUUUGGCUUGAUCAUCCCUCUCAUUUUGGGUCUCAUGCUGCAAUUCUACUUGAUUAUACCAUGUCAGCAUUGGGGUUCCAGGGCGCCAGUCAUCGAUGUGUUUUCUAUUUAUACAAACGGCCUCGUCUGUUUGACACUAGCACACGGCAUCGUAUCUGUAUUACCGAAUCAAACACUUACACAAUCGCUCAACAGGCUCAAGGCAAAUGGCAUCCGUCGCUUUGACUUGAGUAGGGAAAUGAAGGAUGUCAUUGGCCCCAUAGUGCUCAAUGGCUUGAAAGCGAUUUUGCUUCCAUUUUCCAUUGCCCUGGUUCAAAACUGUCUUGAUCAUGAUAUGACAAACCAAGUUAGAUUUCUUCAAAUGAUAUAUCCAACUGUACUUAUUGGCUUGGUUUUGUAUUACUUUAGUAACGCAUUUACCAAGUUCGGACAACGAUGGAGUCAAUCGGUUCGGGAAGACCAUUACUUGGUUGGCAGAGUGCUACACAAUAAUGAGGAUCCUGCAGCUUCUACUACCACACCAGGUCCUUCUUGA